AUGGCGCUCUUACACAAAGUCUGUGUGACGGAGGCUAACCGCCGUCAAGGUGUGGGCCAGGAGGUCAUGUCCUACAUUCAGCAGCGCCUGCGAAAGGAGGGCUGCCAAUACAUCCAACUGUGGGUGGACCAGGCCAGGGAGCCUGCGCGCGCCUUGUAUGCUCGUGGGGGAUUCGAGGAACGUGAAGUCAUCCCUGAUUACUAUGCCCCUGGGCGGACAGGCAUUAAGAUGAUCCUGGAUUUGGGAACGUGA